GGGUCGAAGGUCACGGCGGCGUGGUUACCCGGAAACUGCCGUGGCCCAGAGACGGAGCCGGAGCCGGAGCCGCGGCCGGAGCUGCGGCGUCUGGGACGGAGGCGGCGGCCGCGGCCUGGGCCUGUCAGCGUCCCGGGGUCCCGGAGCGAAGCGGGGAGCGACAGCCAGGAACGGGCCGGGGGAAGAAUGGUGCAGAGCGGCCCGGCGCCCGCGCCCGCCCCGCUGCCGCCGCCGCUGCUGCUGCGUGAGAGCGCGGCCCGUUAGCGGAGCCUCCCGCCCGGCCCGGCCUGGCCUGACCCGGCCCGGCGGCGCAGGACACCUUCAGCAGGGAAGAUCACACGUUCCUCUUGAGAGACGUAACCCUCUGGACCUGGUCACUACUUUUGUUUCAAAGGUGGAACUAAUGAGAAUGAUGUUUAACAUCAAUCCCUUGGAGAACCUGAAGGCUCAUGUCAGCAGCCGCCCUCCACUUGUUGUCUUUAUGGUCAGCGUGAGUGCCAUGGCCAUCGCUUUCUUGACCCUCGGCUAUUUCUUUAAAAUAAAGGAGAUCAAGUCACCAGAAAUGGCAGAGGACUGGAACACUUUCCUUCUGAGGUUUAAUGACUUGGACUUGUGCGUUUCGGAGAAUGAAACCUUAAAGCAUCUUUUGAACGACACUGCCACCUCAGAGACUGUAGUGACCAGCGGCCAGGCCCGGUCAGCCACCCAGGCACCACAGGCCCUUGAGGACUCUGGCCCCAUGAACAUUUCUGUCGCCAUCACUCUGACCUUGGACCCACUAAAGCCCUUUGGAGGAUAUUCCCGCAAUGUCACACACCUGUAUUCCACCAUUUUGGGCCACCAGAUUGGGCUUUCAGGUAGAGAAGCCCAUGAGGAGAUCAAUAUUACUUUUACCCUGCCUGCAGCCUGGAACUCCGAUGACUGCAUUCUCCACGGCCACUGUGAGCAGGUGGUCUUCACUGCCUGUAUGACCGUCACGGCCACCACCAACGUGUUUCCUGUUACUGUACAACCGCCACAUUGCAUUCCCGAGACCUACAGCAAUGCCACGCUUUGGUACAAAGUCUUCACCACCGCCAGGGACGCAAAUACAAAAUACGCGCAAGAUUAUAAUCCUUUCUGGUGUUACAAAGGUGCCAUCGGGAAGGUCUACCACACUUUAAACCCCAAGCUCACCGUCAUCGUGCCAGACGAUGACAGAUCCUUGAUAAACCUGCAUCUCAUGCAUACCAGCUAUUUCCUCUUUGUGAUGGUGAUUACGAUGUUCUGCUAUGCCGUCAUCAAGGGCAGACCUAGCAAACUUCGACAGAGCAGUUCAGAAUUCUGCCCAGAAAAGGUGGCUUUGGCUGAAGCCUAGUCCAGUGACCGAAAGAACCGCGGUCGUUGCCUGCUGAGCCCGGCCUGUGUCUGGACACUCUGUGAAUAUGUUAUCUGGCAAUGUUGGGUUAUUCCAACCAAAGACAUUUCAAGUGCCUGUUCAUUGAUUUGUACAUAUUUAUAAAAGAAAAAAAUAUAUUCAGAAACUGGUCAGAUGAUGCACUUGCUCCGCACCAGGGUGUGACCAGAACCUUUCAAUCUUUUACCUGUGGACUUAGCUGUGUUUGUGUAAAUAUGUUAACAGUGUGGCUCCAUCAGUCAGAGUGGAAUACCGUGGCCUGGAGGAUCAGAGCCUUGGUGAAUGUCUCAAAGGAAACAGAUUUUCAGUGGGGGGUUGUUUGAGCCUGGCUUUUGUUUUAGCCCAGCAGUGGUAUGUGUACAGUGGUGUUUGAACCUGUGUGCACCUUCAAUAGGCUAUCACAUUUCCAAAGCCACUGAUCCAGGGCCUGGGGUCAGUGUGUUCUUUGUGGUUCAAUAAGGAUAGUAACAACAAUAAUAAUACCUGUUCUCCUCUUUGCUUGCAAGAAAAGAUAUCCAUCUUUCUAGAGUUCUUUCUGUUUUUUGGAAGAAGAAAAGUUAAAAUACAUAUUCACAUUUUAAUACUGCUGUAGGUAGGACAGACUUUGCUUUUCUCCUGAGUAAAACAAGUAUUUCAAAGAUUAAUCCCUUUUGAAGUCAUCCCCAUGCUAAGCGCUAAGUUUCGUUUUUUGUGUGGACUGUGGAAAGACACGGCCUUGUUGGGCUUUGCAGCAGGGUGCUUCCUGGUCGUUUUUUUCAUUUCUCUCUUGGUUUUUUUUGUCUCUAAAAUGAAAAAGCAGCUUCCUUGUACCAAGGAGCUGAGCCGUGUCCCUUUGUGGGCUGCAGGGGAAAGGGGAAACCUGGGAGACUGAGCUGAGCUCAUGCCUCCUCGUUCUCACCCAGGGCAUCGUCAGGAGUGGAGAUGGCCAUGUUUGGGAAGUCGGCUGCCGUCGAUUCGUCUUCCCGGUUCUCCUGCAAGUCUUUGGUUGGCUCACUUUAUCCCUUCAUUGUUUUUCUCUCUUGGUGGUUUCAUUUUCCCCUCUUCUUCUUAAGAAUUUGUAUUACCUUUUCUAAUACAGUUGUCGUAUAUUAUGUUCCUCCUCAGUCUACAAGAAGGGAAAGCCUUUUGUAAACUUCCCCACACAUCUGGAAUGGGGAUGCCUUGGUGACCUUCUGUCAUUAAGGACCUUUUAGCUUAUGCCACUAGGCCAUCGCAUUAGGGCCUUGGAAAUAGCAGCCCACAUUCUUCCCUUUCACGAGGGUCCUCAGGCGUAGCUUCUUCAGCCUAGAGAAUCUGGAUCCCAGACUCCCUAGAUGGAAAGCCGCAGUGGGCCUUUCCCAGAAGCCCGUGAGACAGGUCAGUGCAGGGACCCGACUGGUGUUGCAGUGUUUCUCUUGAGUAUAUUUCAAGCACAAGAAUCAUAUUUUUCUGAUAGACAAUGUUUUUUCUGUAUGGUCUUUGUGGCUGACAUGACGUGUGGGUAAAUCGUUGAAUGUAGUUUUCUUUCUGGAGCCCUUGAGCUCCAGACCGGAGCAGAUUUGGAAAUCACUCGGGCCUGGUUUCCAGAAAUGUCUUACAUUAAAAAGCUUCCAGAAUUUAGUUGAAGCUGCUACUGACUUAGAAUCCUGAUGAAGUGAAGCUGUAUGACUAGAUUUAUAGCUGGUGUGUGUGUGUGUGUCUGUGUGUGUCUGUAUAUGUGUGUUUGGGCGUGGGGGAUGCAACUGAAAAAAAAAAUUUUUCCUGAUUUGUUCUUUUCUCAGCUUGUCAUAUGUACACAUAUACAUAUGUGUGUACAUGUAUGUAUGUAUGUAUGUAUGUAUGUAAUUGUUGCUGAUCCUUGAUGUUUUAAUGGAAGGGACUGGGGUGGGGUAGGGAAUUGAUAGCCCAAGAAAGAAAUGAAGUCAAGAAUGGUGCUAGGGAGUGCCAAAAAAUGCCCCAAGAACAUAACUUAGCUUAAGGUAAGAUUGGAGAAUAACAAAUGUUCAUUAUUUAGUCAAGCAAGCAACUGUCAGAGCACAGAAGCCCAAAGUGUAGCAGGUUGGAGAAGAUAGGCCACUGAUGUAUGUGAAGGGCAGGAAAUGGAGACAGCUCCCGGGCCAGGGUUGAGGCCUUGAGUAAGUAGAGAGGCUUUCUUGGCAUCCCCCACAUCCAGGGUGCCCAUUCCUGCCAGGGGGCUGGCUCCCCAGGCUGGUCUCUUCUCCUCGAGCCUCGCUCCUGGGUCUGUUGCGGGUGUUGGGGUGGCCACGGCCUACCUCGGGCCCCUCAGCCUGGCUCUGACACAGCUGGAGAAAGGUCAAGGACUUAAACAGUAGAGUGGUCAUUCCGGAUCAUAUUGAUCUCUCCUUUUUGUUCCCUUUCACCGUAUGACUUGAAUCCGUCUCGAUUCUCUUGGUAAGUGUCUUUUUCCCCAUAGUUAGUGCGUCCCAUAGAGAGUCAGAGCCUUGGCUGUUGGCCCCCCUUCAGGUCAUAGCUAAGAUGGCCCGGUGAUCCUGUUCACUUCUCUUGUUGCAUGAUCCGGCAAUGGCAUUCUCUGCUAGGUUAAUUUUCUGUGUUUGUAAGAUGUGCAUAUAUGCUUUACAGAAUAAAAACAUCUGAGUUUACUGA